GCUUCGCUUGCAUGUACACAAUGGCGAUCGAACAAGAGGCAAAAAUACACACAUUUAAGGCAUUAUUUCUCGAGUUAAAUUUGAAUUGGAAACCUAGGAUUUCGUGAGAGAGGAACGCAAUUUUAGGAAUCGGAUAGUGACCGGUAGUCACGUGGUCUUAGUUGAAUACUAGAGGUUAUCAAGAGCACAUAACCUCAAGACAAUUGCCAGAAGUCUAGCGUUAAUGCGGCUUUUGAAACUUCGAUAAUGGAGUUUUCACAAACGCGUCAAAUUUUGGCCAACUUAAACAAGGACGUAAAGCACAAAAGUAGCGUUUUUUCUCCCAAUGUGACGAAUUGUAUUGAGAAAACUUGCCGCGACAUGCUGAAGCAACGAAAUUGCUCAUGUGGUAUAAAUACAACUGACAUUCCAGUCUGCAUUCAUGGCUUGGAUGUAACCAUUCCCAGAGUCUUAUGGAUUAUUUCUGCUGCGAUAUUGUUUAUUUUCUUUUUGGAAUUGUUCUUGAUCAUAUUCCGGAAGCCAGUGCUGGACAAUAUUCUUGGAAGGGUAAUGUUCACCAUGGCCAUUGUCAGCAGCGUUGUGACGGAGUUGUGCACCAUGCAAUAUUUACGCGAUAAUAGCGAUGACAUCACUAUAUGGUAUAACGUUGUGAUGACCUUUGUCACAACGAUCUUCAUGCUGGUUGGCUUUUGCUACCUGUUUGAAAGAAGAUUAAGCGCCAACAUUGGCACGCAUGACCGUGGCAUGGGCUUGGUCGUCUUUGUUACAUCGAUGACUCUCUCAUGCUUAGAGAUCGUUAUACUUGUGAUGAUAUACAAGCGACCGACUGUUUCCGUUGCAUUCCGAAUGUACCUUAUAUUCAUGGCCUUUCAAAAGAUCGUCCAACUUGUUGUCUACCUUGCGCUGCGUCGUUGUGUUCCUCACGCUGACUUCAAAAAUGGAGCUAUUUAUUAUUUGAAGUUUCUGUCUUAUUUAAAUUUCACGUAUUGGGUUUCCAGCGUUCCUUUCACUAACAUUCGACUUUACGAAGAAGUUGCCAACUCUCUUAGUUUGCAAUUGGUGAAAGAGGUGUUUAAUGCUAUGCUCAUUGAUUAUAGAUUACUCUGUGCUUUUCUGUUUUUUGAGCACGCCAUAUCAAUUGAGGAUAGCGAUCUUGCAGAACCCCACCGUGAAGAAGACCUGCAAUUUGAUUUGCCUCGCCAUCGAUGCAAAGCUACCAUUCUUGGCUUGGUGAUUGGUUGCGUUUUGUUGGCCCUUGAGAUCGUUAACGGUUUACAGUUUUUCAAUAAAAACUAUCCCUUGCCCGACUUUGUGAAUUUAUUUCCAAUUCUUGUUGAUUUCAUUGUAGUAUGCCUCGCCAUAGCCUUAGCAGUAAAUGUAAAAAGCAAGCUGAUGCAUAAUCAGAGCGGAAAUCUCGUUGUUGUUAUGGUAACGUCUAUGGGUGUUGCGAGUAUCCUGUACUUGUUUACAUUCUCCAUGCUUUCCUUCGUCUCCUUCAAAGACAGUCCAAAAUCUUACGUUACAUGGUCUGCAUUUGUAUGUCUGUCAAGAGGCUUCAGUCUUUUCGUUCUUCUUCUUGUUUAUUCUGGUGUUUCCAUCAACAAGAUGAAGAUGAAGGAGAAUUUACUUUUGAAGAAUUACUUCAUUGUUGCGGCGCUGUUCAGCGGUUUGAUUGCACGGUUUGUCGGUUGUGUCCUGGAUGAAAGUAUUGGGAAGAUGCACGAAAUUGCUCAUCAUCACAUGGAAUCGAAAGAACUUCGACCGCUUAACGAUCUCUUUGCAUUGGGGCCUCUAUUUCAGCUCGCUGCAACUCUACAUAUUUGCCUGCAUUUUCUGUUGAUGCUCGUUCGCUCACACGAGAAACCUUUUCUUGUUAACGAAGACGAGGACGAUCGUUCCAGUCAUAUAAGCCAAGGCGGAGAUUCGUCGAUUCAAGGGCCUAGUUCUGUUAUAUUGAAGGAAACAGUAGAAGAAAUACGUAAAAAUGAUUCAGGAAUUACAUCGUCCGCUGUUUAUCUUAAUGAUGAGAAUCAUGCUGAUGACAAGGCUUCGCUGUUGAAAGACCCUCGCGCAAAGCAAAAUGGUGUCUAGAAAAUUUUGAAUACUAUUAAUUAAUUGGAUGUUUUUGAAUGCGAAUCUAUCGAUCUAUUUAUAUUAAAUGUACUCUAUAGGUAUUGUGCAGGGGUCCCUCCAAAAAAAACAGAACCCGCAAAAAUAAUUAUGUAUACGUUAAAAUGAAAUUUGCAUGAAAUAAUUCUGGUUGAUUUAGUUACACGCUAGUUUGUACAUGCUCGUUGUAACUUGUUCAAUGGAAAACAUGAUUACGUUUUUCUGCCUGUUAUUUUACCUUGAUUUUACAAAGCUUUAGCGUAAUAAAUUUAUGAUGAAAA